UAUGGCGGCGCAUUUACUAUAGCAUGAGCGGGCCUUUGGUUACUUUGGGGCGACCCCGGAGGGCGGGAUUGUCCCCAGUUUACAGUAGGCAACGCGAACCGGAGAGUGAAACGUCGUUAAGGGCCCCGUUACCGGAUCCGGGGGGACAACGUGAUGAAAUGUCGGACAGUGAAAAAUCUAACGGGCAGAAGAUUCCUGCUAAUGACGUGCCCAGAAUAGGAAGGAGAGCAGCACCGUUUAAAGAGCCAGUAGGUUACACAGAUUUACAAAUAUUGUCACAGAAGGAAUUAUUUUCCUUACGUUUCUUUUUCAUGUUGGUCACCAGAAGAAGAGUUGCUCUUGCUGGGAAUAUUGCCAAACCAUCCCAUGAAACAUCAAGACAAUGGAAGCUCUGCAAUGGUCAAAAGAAGUGUUCACGAUUCGGUCCCCAGUGAUUUUGAUUUGCUAAGAACAACAAUGAAGAGGGUCAGUGAGCUGGAGAGGUGCAUGCGGGCACAAGAGAAGGAUAUACAGCAGAAGGAUCAGCAUAUUGCCAACUUAGAACAGAAGAUCAAGAGACUGCAAAGACACAGGACAGAAAGCCCUACACAGCUUACACAAGAGCUAGAAAUGAAAUGCCAAAAGCUGCAGAAAAGGGUGUAUGAGAUGGAGCGAUUUCUUGGUGAUUAUGGCCUUGUUUGGAUUGGAGAUGAUGAUUCCCCUAAUAGAUCUGUGCAGACCACCAAGACAUGGAACCCAGGGCACGCUUUAGCUACCUAUGAACCAGAUUUUGACCUGAUCAUUCAGAACCUGAGGGACUUGAACAUUCUUGGGGGUGAGGGAGAAUGUCAUAUUGAGUACAGGGAAGGAGGAGCUCGUCUGAGAUCCCCAGAACCAGUUCCACUUACACUGUAUAAGAAUGGAAUUAUUAUGUUCAAAGGACCCUUUCGAUCCUAUCGUGAGACCACCACACAGCAAUGCCUUAAGGAUAUAAUGGAUGGAUAUUUUCCAUCUGAGCUACAACAACGCUUUCCAGAUGGAGUCCCCUUUCAGGUUACAGACAAACGCAAUGUAGUGUUCCGGGAGCGCAGUUUUUGGGAUGAAUUUUCUGAACCUGGUCAGAUAGUUGGGAGUAAAAAUUCUGGUGUACAGGAGACCAAUAAGUUACCAGGCCAACAGCUUUCUUUGGAUCGGUUCUUGAGCAAACUUCCCAAAGCUGUGGUACGCGAGGGUCAGGUUUUGGAUAUCCGUGGUCCAAUUGAAGAACUCUUGCAGACAUCAGGAACAAGAAAUAAGUUAAAAGAAAUCAUGUUAGAUUCCCCCCUUGUGGGAGCAGAGGAGAAAGGGUGCAAGGGAAGUCCUUUGGCAGUCUGUACACUGAGGAUCAAAUCUGAAAAUGGAGAACACACAUAUGUAGUGCGAAUGCUACCUUCAGAGACUCUUGGAGAUCUGCGCACCUACUUAUCUCACUGCAGGACUUCCCAGACUUCCUCCUAUGACGUUAUCAGACGUUUUCCGCACUGUGUUUACACAGACAACUCUUGUACCCUACAAGAACUUGGACUUGUCCCCAAUGCAUUUCUGCUGCUGAGAGCAAGAAGUUUUGUAGCACCUGGAGCACAAGAAACUAAAUCAACAAAUGCAUACACCCAAGCUUAACGGUAUCAGGCUAUCAUCAAGAAGGAAUCACUUUCAUUUUAGAAUAAAAUGCUUUCUCUAGAA